CCGAGGGUGUGAUAUGCAUAAACGAAUUGACCAUGGGUCUUAUGGCUCAAAAUUUGGUUACUCCGGGGUUCUCUUCUCUCGUUGUACUGCUCACCACUUCAGUGACCGAUAAAGUCGCGGAGGAAUUGGUCAAAAAUGCGAGAGAAAACAACGGAAACGCGGGUAUUUAUUUGCGCCUAUUUGUAUCUCGUAAGAUAACACAGGUGUUUAUUAAUCUCUUUGGUUUAGAACUCGACUGGACAAUCGAAUACAUUUCCGGUCUACAGCAAGAAAUAUACGAAGUCCGUUUUCCGGUUGCAUUUGCCGGGAAAACUUUCCUGAAAUGUUCGGAGCUCAUUUAUACUCAUUUCAAUGCGGUUCUUUUCUCCAUCGGGGUGCGCAGAACUUUGGCAAAUGGCACCGCCUCGUUUCAAAUCAUUCUAAAUCCUCAAGAUUAUGUGCUCAAGGGAGACGAAAUCGGAUUUGUGAUUUCUGAUAAUGCCGAGAUAUCCGAUAGGAUGGAUAGAUUUAAUCGUGAAACCUCUGGUCCACAAGGGUUAAUUAAACGCAUCGAAAGUUUUUUCGAUUUGAAUGGAAACGAUUCAGAUCGCAAAAUUAUUGAUAGUCGCAUCGAAAGUAACGGAAGAUCUCAAACUUCAUAUUUUACUCAAGCUGACAUGCCGGAAUGCACGGAACGUACAAGAAUUCUUCCCGCUACACUAACACCAGGAUCUGAAGUUUCACUUGCAAACGUCAAGAAGGCAAAGGCCUGUCUCGAUAAGCCGCUCGAUUCUGUUAUCCAAAACAUCAAAAAUCACGUUUUGGUAUGUAACUGUGCUAACACAUUUCCACUGAACUUGGAUGUCUUUGUGGCAGUGCUUCGAGAGAAGAAUUCGGCGUGCCGCGACAUGCCGGUGGUCAUAUUGACGAAUUGCUCGCCCCCGGACUAUGAAAAAAAUUUGCUGGUGAAAUUUGGAAAUGUUCACUUUGUACAAGGUUCCCCAUUACGCCGUAAAGAUCUUUACCGAGCCGGGGCCGAUCGCGCCAAAAGAUGUGCUGUGUUGUGUGACGCCACUCGAUGUGAAGAGAGUCGCGAUACUGCGGAUGCAGCUUCACUAAUGGUAGCGCUGAACAUUGAAUCUUUACUCACGAAAGAUUGCUUUGUGCUUGUAGAGUGUAUGUAUCGAGAAACCUUUAAGAUGAUUUGCGAGA